AUGUUUCGGAAGUUUAUGUUGUUGCAACUGGCUCUAGCGACCAUGUCACCUAUUUCUUCCGAAGAAGCCAGGAGUAAAAGAGGGAGGCACAGAAAUGAACAUUCAGACAAAACUUCAUGGAAAAAGGAAUACGAAGAUGAAUUGAAUCGAGCUAUACUAUCGUCGAGACGCGAUAAUCACACAAGAGUGACACAGUCUACGGGAAUGACUGACAAUGAGGCGGUUGUAGAUAAAAUUAUGGAGUCAAUAACAAUGAGCGAAAAAUAUCUGAAAAAGAUUGAUGGCAUAGAUUUUAGAUUAAAUAGACUGGAUAUUGAAGUACACGAGAAAACAAGCAGCAUAUUGAGAAAUUUAGGAGUUCUUUCCAAAUCUAUUCAAAGUCUUUCAAAUUCUGAAAAGGUGGAUAUGGCUUUAGAACUGUUAAAAACCGAUUUAAACUAUAUAAAGUCGAAGAUGGAAAAAAGUGCUCAAGAAAGAACAAUUGAGGGAGGCGAAUAUCGACUGGAAUCUAGUCUCGAAAGCAGACUUAAAUUGGUAGAAGAUCACGUCAAGUCUAUCAUGACGAGCGUUGAAUCGAUAUCAGGAGUUAUAGCCGAAGUGAAACAUCGUCAAAACACUAAGAACUAUCACAGGGCAGAAGUUGGCGGUUCGUUCGACGCUUUAUCCUUGAUCAGUGAAUUUAGAAGAGCGUUAUAUGAACAGAAACCCAAGAAAUGUGAAUGCAAAAUCGGUCGGAUGGACCGCAACGAGCGCUAUCCCACUGACUGUCACGAGAUACAAAUGCAAGGAUUUAACAUUUCUGGUAUUUACAAGAUCAAGCCAGACGAUAUGGAGGCGUUUUAUGUGCUAUGUGAUCUCAGCACUGCCGGAGGAGGUUGGACGGUGUUUCAAAAUCGCUAUGACGGCUCGCAAAACUUCUACAAGUCGUGGUCGGAAUACAAAUACGGUUUCGGUAACCUGGCAGGUGAAUUCUGGCUGGGGUUGGAGCAGCUGCAUUACCUCACAAGCCAGAAGCUGUACGAAUUGCGUGUAGAGUUGGAAACUCAGCACGGGCGCGAUGCAUACGCUAGCUACUCCGUGUUAACUAUCGCGCCUGAACACGAAGGCUACAGAAUAAGCACGCUUGGAUCCUUUCACGGUUCCGCAGGUGAUUCUUUGUCAUAUCAUGCCGGGCAGAAGUUCUCGACUCAUGACGCAGACCACGAUGAGUGGAAGGAUGGUUCCUGUGCUAAGGAGCACGGUGGCGCUUGGUGGUAUAAAGAAUGUGACAAAAGUAACCUGAACGGCAAGUAUACACUGUCGGCAGAGGAAGCACAAGGGCAGAACAUUUACUGGAUCUCGUUCAAAGCACCCACGGUGCCACUUACCAAGACGCGGAUGAUGAUCCGCCCGCUGCCCGCAAGCAAACCCAUGGAAUUUAAUCAGCACCCGAGGAAAACUGUAGAGAGCUCUAAGCUGAGAGGGGCAGAGGAGCGUCAAGCGUUUCGAGUGAAAGAACCGAAGCUUGGCUAUGAAGUUGGUCACCAUCGGAAGCCUUACCGGUACGAGGUGCCCACGAGAGAUGAUGUGUUCUUUCCCAAUUAUACGUAA